AUGCCGCUAAUCCUCGCAUCCGCCUCGGCAGCUGAUUUCGUGAUUUCGAAUGGUCAAAUCUUUACACCAGGCUUUGCGAUUUUAGAUGCGCCGCAGCCGGGCACGCCUUUAGGUGGAGACACUAUCGAGGUCGCACUAGAUGUGUCGGCCAACGGUAAACUUAAUCUACCGCCAUACGACCCGGACAGUCCCAGCCUCAUCCAUAACAUCACCAUAUUUCUCUACAGCUACGAUACCGGAAGAAAUUUCACUAUCACGAAUGGGACGGCUUCGGAGAACAACGCUAGUCUAGGCGACAUCAUGCUUUCGGAGCCGGGGAGCACUGUCAAGCAUGUGAAAUGGACCUGGCCGGACUGCUUAAUUGGUGACGGUCAACCAGACAGCCCAGAUAGUGACCGCGGAGAAUAUAACAUUUCUAUUCGCCAGAACUUUCGGUUGAACGACGAGGAUCACUACACCAUCUUCGACGUGCCAAUCUCCGUCACCAACCGCAUCGACUUUGCUGGUAACAACCCGGCAUGCGACUCGGUUGACAACCCGCUGCUAACCCCAGAGGAAAUCGACGCCGAGGCGGCAAAUAAUGUUGGUGUGCUAUUCGCACCAGGCGAUGCGACGGUAAUACAACAAACUACAGCAGGGAGCGCUGAGUCGAUACACUUGGAAUGGAGGUCUGUUGUUAUGCCGAUUCAUAAUGGAUUGAUUCCUCGCGAGGGCUUUACCGGCGACGUGAUACUAAAGCUACUCGGGCGCACGGCCUUCAACCCUUCGCUCUUACUACCUGUGUACUUGCUGGCCAAGUUCACUAAGAAAGGCGAAGACCUUACCAUGCUCCAUCCCACCGCGUACUCUCGGUUUAAAGCCAUUUUCUACCUCGCUCUUGUCCGGUACUUGAGUAAGAAGAUAUCCGACCGUGUGACGAAUGGUUGGAGCAGCGACACAUACAACUGGCCUGAAGAGAUCGCCGUCGUCACUGGUGGCUCCGGCGGAAUCGGCGGCCAUGUCGUCAAAUUGCUCGCGGAAAAGGGUCUCAAAGUUGUGGUGCUUGAUAUUCAACCAAUGACGUUUGACGCAGGCCCGAACGUCCACUACUUCAAAUGCGAUAUCACAUCAUCUGCAAACUUGGCGGCCGUGGCUAAGGAAAUCCGCGCCAAGGUGGGCGAACCUACGAUCCUCGUGAACAAUGCGGGCGUGGCGCGCGGAAAGACAAUCCUCGAAACAAGCGAGAAGGAUCUCAAGUUCACCUUCGACGUCAAUGUAUUCGCGCAUUAUAAUACAGUCAAAGAGUUCCUGCCGUCCAUGAUCCGAAAGAAUCAUGGCAUGGUUGUGACAGUGGCCAGCCUCGCGGCGUGGCUGACGGUGCCGAGCAUGGUGGACUACGCCAUGUCUAAGACAGCGGCAAUGUCGUUUCACGAGGGGCUCUCGGCGGAGCUGAAGACGCGGUACAAUGCGCCCAAGGUUCGGACCGUCAUAGUCAAUCAGGGGUACACGAAAACGGCGCUGUUCACAGGCUACUACAACGACUCGCCUUUCCUGAUGCCGGCCCUCGAGCCCGAGUCCGUCGCGGACGGCAUCUGUCGCCAGAUCUUCACGGGCCGCAGCGGACAGGUCAUAAUGCCUGCGUUCGGGCGCAUUAUCCAGCUUAUACAGGCGCUGCCGCAUUGGUACUCGUACGGCCUGAGGGCGAAGGGCGAGAAUAUCAUGACGAAUUGGAAAGGCAGACAGGUCGUGCAGGAUCUAGAUACGUAUUAUGCGGAUAAGGAGAAGGUGACCAAUCCGGAGGAAAGUACAGUUCUUGUACCGGAGCACAGUUAA